AUCCAGUAUCGGGGAAAAAUGAAAAUGGCGGAAAUAAUUGCGGAAAUAUCCUCUGCUUAUCGCCCUCCUCUGCUAAAGUUCCAAGCUUUUUCCCGUCUCUCUCUCUCUCUCCCUCUCUUCCCAACUUUCUCCCUCUGUUUCCUUCUGGUUCGCUGUUCCUUACCCGCCGUAUUUUAUUUAUUCAUUUUUCAUUCUCCAUUUUGGCUGCCUGACCGUUGCGGUGACCAAACAAACCGUAUUCCUUCCUUGUUCUUUUCUUCUUCGUCGCCUUCUUUUCCCCCUCUCAGUAGCCAGAGAGAAACAGAAUAGACUCUGUUACAGAGAUUAUCCGUUACAGAGACCUGACAAAGAGAACAAUAAUAAUACUAAUAUGUCGGCGUCGGUCUUUCCGGCGGUUGUCGUGUUAGUCUCCGCCCUGCUGGUUCAGUCAGCGCUGACGGUGGUCGGAGUAACUGGCGGCGAUGGUGAUUAUUUCCCGGCGGCGUUGAGUCUGGAGCGGGGAAUUCCGCAGCCGAGUCGUAGAGUGGGUCUGGGUCAGCUGAGUGCGCGGGACAGUGUCCGACAUCGGAGAAUGUUGCAGUCUACCUCCGGUGGCGUCGUCGAUUUCCCUGUUCAGGGGACCUUCGAUCCUUUCCUCGUUGGGCUGUAUUACACGAGAUUGCAAUUGGGUUCUCCACCAAAGGACUUCUAUGUACAGAUAGAUACAGGCAGUGAUGUUCUGUGGGUGAGCUGCAACAAUUGCGAUGGUUGCCCUGUUUCAAGUGGCCUUCAGAUUCCAAUGAAUUUCUAUGACUCUGGUAGCUCAUCAACUGCUUCGUUGAUAUCUUGUUCGGACCAACGAUGUGUCGUAGGACUGGAAGCUGCAGAUUCCGGGUGCUUACAGAACAAGAAUCAAUGUGGUUACACUUUCCAAUAUGGCGAUGGCAGUGGCACAUCAGGGUAUUAUGUAGCAGACAUGUUACAUCUUGAUACGAUUGUUGGGGGUUCCGUGACUACUAACUCAACCGUUCCUAUAGUAUUUGGGUGUAGCACUUUGCAAACUGGGGACUUGAAAAAGCCAGAUAGAGCAGUUGAUGGGAUCUUUGGUUUUGGACAGCAAGGGAUGUCUGUGAUCUCCCAACUUGCUUCACAAGGAGUAGCACCAAGAGUGUUCUCUCACUGUUUGAAAGGUGAUGAUGCAGGUGGGGGCAUAUUGGUUCUUGGAGAAAUCGUGGAACCUAAUAUUGUCUAUACUCCACUUGUCGCUUCACAGCCUCACUACAAUGUGAAUCUGCAGAGCAUAUCUGUGGGCGGCCAAACUUUAUCGAUCGAUCCAUCUGUUUUUGGCACAUCAGACAAUAAAGGCACUAUAGUUGAUUCCGGGACAACCUUGGCGUACCUUGCAGAUGCAGCCUACGAUCCUUUUAUUAGUGCCGUAGGUUCCCAAAAUCGAUACUUUAUAAGUGACAUUGGCAAGAACAAUUAUUCUUCAAUUGGAAAUUCACUCUGUAGGACUCUUCUCAUGCAGAUAAAUAGUGAUGUUUCACAGACUGUGCGGCCAGUUGUUUCAAAGGGGCAACAGUGUUACUUGAUAACCACAAGUGUCAACGACCUCUUUCCUCAAGUUAGUUUACACUUCUCUGGUGGUGCAUCCAUGCUUUUGAAUCCUCAAGACUACCUUGUGCAGCAAAAUUCUGUUAAUGGUGCUUCGGUGUGGUGCAUUGGUUUCCAGAAAAUGCAAGGUCAAUCAAUAACAAUCUUAGGAGAUCUCAUUCUGAAAGACAAAAUCUUUGUUUAUGACCUAGCCAAUCAACGGAUUGGAUGGGCUAAUUAUGACUGUUCAACGUCGGUAAAUGUAUCUACAACCGAAAACACAGGCAGAACAGAAUUCGUGGACCCAGGGCAGCUGGGCAACAGCGGUUCACAGCAAAAUGCACGUCUAGACAGACUUAUACUACCAACUGUGAUGAUCGGUUUACUUCAUUUGCUCUUGCUUGGAAGCUGCCUGUUCUUGUAGCACAUACCCUGGUAACAUGUUAGUAUUCUUUCUUCCACUCAUCAUCGCUCAGGCCGGUCUUAUAUUUAGUGUGGACCGGCUGCAGUAAGCCCUCACUGAUUGAUUUGUCUUGGCAAUGGCUACAUCUAAACUGCUGGGAUGGAAAACUGGAAAUAUAUGUAUAGGUCUUUUCUUCAGUUUCCCUCUUGUUUAAAGAUCUUGUUCUGUUAUCUUUGUAAAUUUGGUAUUCAAUACGUACAGAGUAGGUCAGUAGGCCCAUGAUUUACUAUACAUCAGGUGAGUUUGAUGUAUCCAUUCCACUCAAUUUGAAACCGUUGGAUUGAUCCAUUCAUAUGUAUCCCACAGUUUCAUGAUUUCAUCUCAACGUAAUCACCAUGAUAGUGCCAACAACCUAGCUUUCAAUAGCUUCCAGAUUAUAAUAGGGCCCGGAGGGCGACACUUCCUUUGACAAUAUCCUCAAGAACAAGCGUGCUUUGUCAACGGUUUAGGUGAAUGGUUUUUGCUUUGCUGACUGCACUAGGUCUCAGCAGGCAAGUUAAAGGUCCUCCCCCUCUUUACAUAUUCCACCCAGGUGUUGCUUCAAGAACAGGCGACUUCCAGACAUGAACUAACACACGAAUCAGGCAACAGUUUGCUAUACCGCGUAUUCUGCUGUUGUUGUCUUGUACAGCUGCUCAGGAUCGAUGAAUUUUGUUACAUUGACAGACAUUGAACGCGGUAAGAUCGAUACCCUGAUUAAGACUGAGUUGGAACUUAUUUAGUACC